AUGGCAGCCGCCGACCAGCCGUUCCAGAAGAUCAAGCUGGUGCGCAUCGCGCACGUCUUCUACAAGCACAAGGACCCGAAGGCGGCCAUCCAGUUUCUGCACGACUUUGGCUUCAGCCACGAGAAGACGGCCGGCCACCGCACGUACUUCCGGGGCUACGGCACGCAGCCGUUUGUCGUCUGCGUGGAGGCGGCCGACGAGACGGCCUGGGGCGGCGCCUGCUUCGAGGUCGAGACGGCCGAGGACCUGGAGCGCGCCGCGACGCAGCUGCCGGCCGCGGUCAGGGCCACCGCCGUGUACGACUUGGCCGACAUUGAUGCGCCGGGCGGCGGCCGGGGCGUGACGUUUUACGACCCGGUCGACGGGUUUCCGUUCCACCUGGUGCACGGCCAGACCAGGGUGGCGGCGCGCGACCCCAACUUCCCCAUCGUGCACCUCAACUACCCGGCCGAGAAGAACCGGCCCGUCAACCGGUUCCAGCGGUUCGAGAAGCGGCCGGCGCCCGUGCACAAGCUGGGCCACUUUGGCAUGUGCGUGACCGACUUUGCGCAGUCGUACGACUUUUACGCGACGCACUUUAACUUUUUCCCGUCGGAGCUGGUGCAUGACGACAGCGGCACCAACCACACCGUCUUCUUCCGGCUCGACCGCGGCGACGAGCAGGUCGACCACCACACGUUCUUCUUGUUCCAGGGCCCCCGGUGGCACGUGCACCACACGUCGUACGAGACGCACGACUUUGACACGCAGGUGCUCGGCCACGACUGGCUGCGGGCCAAGGGCUACACGAACUGCUGGGGCGUCGGCCGCCACGUCAUGGGCAGCCAGAUCUUCGACUACUGGUUCGACCCGGCCCAGUUCAUCCUCGAGCACUACGUGGAUGGCGACCUGCUCGACAUGUCGGAGCCGACACACGUCACGCUGGAAAAGGACGCACACUUGCACGUCUGGGGCCCCGACGUUCCGCCCACGUUCCUCGUUUAG